GGGCUCCCUAAUGAAUCGUGGCGUAUUACCCGGAUAAAUGAACUAUAUGAAUUAUGCGAAACUUACCCAGCAGUUUGGGCAGUUCCAGCAGCAGCAUGUGAUAAUGACCUACGCAAUGUAGCAGCUUUUAGAAGCAGAGGAAGGAUUCCGGUACUAAGUUGGAUUCAUCCAGAAAGUCAGGCAACCAUCACACGUUGUGCUCAGCCUCUCGUUGGUGUUAGCGGGAAGAGAAGCCGUGAUGAUGAAGCUUACAUACAACACAUCAUGGAUGCGAAUGCUCAGAGCCACAAGAUUUUCAUUAUGGAUGCUCGACCCAGUGUGAACGCUGUUGCCAACAAGGCUAAGGGUGGUGGAUACGAAAGUGAAGAUGCAUAUCAAAAUGCUGAAGUCCAGUUCCUCGACAUCCACAAUAUCCAUGUGAUGAGAGAGAGUCUUCGUAAACUUCAAGAGGUUUGUUACCCACACAUUGACAAUGCUCACUGGCUAAGCAACCUUGAAGCCACACAUUGGUUGGACCACAUUCGUUGUGUGUUGAGCGGAGCACUACGUAUUGCUGACAAAGUAGAGAGUCACAAGACCAGUGUAGUUGUACAUUGCUCUGAUGGUUGGGAUCGUACUGCACAGCUUACAGCUCUAGCUAUGCUAAUGCUGGAUGGUUACUACCGUACGAUAACUGGUGUUGCAGUUCUAAUAGAAAAAGAAUGGCUUAGUUAUGGUCAUAAGUUUGCUCAACGCAUUGGGCAUGGUGAUGACCGCCACCAGGAUGCAGAUCGGUCUCCAGUCUUCCUACAAUUUGUAGACUGUGUGUGGCAGAUCAUGAGACAAUUUCCACAUGCAUUUCAGUUUACUGAAGAUUUACUUAUCACAUUGCUGAAUCAUCUGUAUUCCUGCCUCUUUGGUACCUUUUUGUAUAAUAGUGAACGAGAAAGAAUGGAAAAGGAGGUAAAGACUAAAACAGUCUCUCUUUGGUCAUUGAUUCUCAGUAAUCAAUCAGAUUUUGAGAAUCCAUUGUAUAACCCAGCAACUCGCCAUCAUGUCCUUUUCCCUCUCACCUCUAUGCGUCAUCUCUGCCUUUGGGAUAAAUACUACUGUAGAUGGAACCCAUCAAUGCGACAGCAGGAGCCUGUCCACAUUCGUUUUAAAGAGCUCCUUCACGUCAAGGGUCAACUGGAAAAGCGUGUGGAUGAACUCAGGAAAGAGCUGGCAGCAAGACAGACACACGAUUCUCCUCGUGUGGCCUCUGCUAUAGUAUGAUAUGCUGAAGUUAUAUUAAUCACAUUUGGCAUUGUGGAGGGAAUAAUUCCUUAUGAAUGAGAUUACCUGUAAUACUAAUCAGUAUUAAAUUAAUGUAUAUAUCUGUACCAUGCAUAUCUUUGGACCUAUAUUUACUGCAGGUUGCAAAGAAAAUCAUUCCCAGGUACAAGUUUGUUAAUCCUGAUUGAAAGGAUAAAAUAGUGAAGAAAUAAGUUUGAAAUUUUGGUCUAAUUAUUUAAGCAAGGCUAGAGUAAUAAAGUUCUUUAUUAGUGUAUGAUAUUAAGGAAAUAUUUUUAUUAUCUUUGUCAAAGACAAAUUAACCAGAUUAUAUUUAAGUAAAUCUUAAGGUUAAAACUGGCUUGAGAAAACUUUUCUAUAUACAAAGGCUGUGGUACAUUCAAGACUUCACCUCAGUAUACCAUUUGUGUACCUAAUGUUAUGUGCAAAAAAAAAAAAAAAAAAAAAAAAAAAAAAAAUAAUGCUCAUAAAAUUAGGUGCAGAUGUUACUAAUACAGUCCAUAUCCCUUUAUUUCGAAUUCAAAAAGUUCCUAAAACCGAAAUUUUAUCGUGGAGUUUGUCACCGACAGCCAGAGUGACAGGCAUCAGUUGUGUCUCAGCGCUUGUAGUGUUCACAUGUGCAUCUGCUGUUCGCUGACAUUGUUUGUCCAUUAUUAAUGAUGGGUCACCACAAAAUAGGUAAAUAACUUACUUCCGAGAUAAUAGCCAAAACGCGCGCAUACCCAAGUACUCUGGGAAUUACGUAUUUUUUAUUCCCAAAUUUUUUUUUUUUAACGUCUUCGUAAGCUACGAGUGUAUUACAGUUUACCCUUGGCUAGAUCAGUUUUCUCUCAAAAGAGUGAUGAGGGAAGAGAAGCCUUAGUCGGUGGUGUCCCUUGUCCCACCUAAGCAGGCCUUAAUAUUAUGCUGCAUAGUAUUCUAGUGUAUUUUUUAUAUUUCUAUGCUAUGGAUAUUUUGCUUUAUGUCAUAAUAGAUCAAUUGUGAUAGGUAAAUAAGCCUUAUUAUUGAUAUUAGCAUAAGAGUAGAACAUUUUGUUGGCUACUCUGUUGCCCAACAUAAUUUAUGCUGUGACAGCAAUUCCUCCUAGAAAGGUUCCUGAUUGGUUCUCUAUUAGCACUGCCCAUUUUACAAUGAUGUCAAAUCAUGAAUUAUAUUAAAGAAUAUAAAUUAAUAAAAAAAAUGUAAAAUUCAUGGUAUGUCAGCAUGCAUGCUACACCAGGUGGCAUCACCAUACAUGUUAUAAAUGGCCAUAAUUCCUUGUAGGAACAUCAUAUAACAAUGAUUAUUAUACCAGGGUGUUGCCAGAAAGCUCAGCUAUUUUUCAGCAAGAUAAAAAUGAAAAAUUUUUUUUUACUCCAUGCACUCCACAGUCCAGGGACCCCUUAAAGAAAUGGUGUUAAAUACAAAUAAAUACGAGAAUAAUAGUGAUGAUGACAUUGUGAACAUUCUGAAAUUCAAAACACUGCUGGCCCCAAGAGUUUUGGAUAAAGGGAUGGGGACUAUAUUAUAAUCAACCCAUAAAGUGUUAUCAGUGUACUUCCUUAAUUAUAUAGUAUAAAAAAUUAAGUAUGGUAACUAGGUAUUUUGUCAUUUAAGAAAAAUACACAUUCCUAAAAUGUACAUAUUUAUGGAUAUUAGAAUUACAGUUCAAUCUAGUUAAAUAAAAUAAUGGCAUAAUUAUAAAUUUUUAUUGUCUUUUUGUCAUGAUUAAUAAAAGUGUUUCCCUCCAGGAAAAGUGUGUUUUCUGAUAAGAGGUGAGGCCUAGAACCCGCUAGCCAUUACCCAUUUGUACAGUUCUUUGAAGGCUAAACACAUCUCCAUAAUUCAUCAGUAAUGAGCACUUGAAUUAUAUAGUACAUAUACUGUUUAACAAAUGCAUACCAUAAUACAAUUAUAAUCACAGGUAAGUACUAAACCCACAGGGGUCAUAAGUACCAUAAUUACCAGUACAUCAAGAGCACAAAGCAUGCUGUUACAUUCUAGAUUUGCAUAAAUUUAUCCCUGGAGUUUCAUUGCAUUUUGGAUCACUUACAUUCACAAACAGCACUAAAGAGGAUCAUUUUAACUCCCGCUAUCUCCCUUCAAGGAGAUGGAAUAGAAUAUUGUAAUUCUGAAAAUGCUCCUCUCUAAUGCCUUUACACGAGUGACUAGCCCUUUAUUAUAAAGAUAAAUGCUAAACUCAAAAGGGACAUACAGACUAGAUCAUACAUGCUAACAUGCCAUUUUUACCUUUUCAAGGGAAAAAAUGUUCAUGUCAAGAAUAUCACUGUACAGUUGUCCCUCUGAAAUACUCUUAAAAAUAAGCUUAUAAUUUUAUAGCGUUCAUUAUUUUAUGCAUUUUUUUUUUAAAUGCUAGUGCACAGGAAAUUGUAAAAUAUGUACAAAUAAGAUUGUAUAUACUACAAAUAUAUAAUUAUCACCUUA